GCCACACUAGGAGAACCGACAUGGAUUCUUUUAAACUCAUCAUCCUGAUGACAUUAUUUCUGAUAGUGAACGCACAAGGGGUGCCUAGAUAUGAAGAUUGUUCAAGACGAAUGCCAAGAUGUAACAUCAGAGACCGUAGAUGUUGUGGGUGUCCGAGAUUGUUCUUCGACCCUGUAGAACUGAAACCCAGAUGGCCCUCUUCCGUCAUAAAGAAUGGAUAUUGCCGUCACAUGCCCUGUAUCACCGCCGCUUGCAAAGGAAAAGACGCCCUUUGUACUUCUGAUAAUGAUUGUAGAGCAACCCACGUUUGCGCAAACAGUAAAUGCACCAGGAAAUUAUCCAAUAGCUUUGAGUGUGCGGAGGACAGAUUUUGUCAAAGUGGAGAAUGUGUUGAGGGUGUAUGUAGUGAAUGCCGAACUACUUCAGACUGCAGAACUGACCACGUUUGCAAAGCACCAACUGAUGAAAGUACUUUUAAGUAUCAUAAAUGUGUUCCUAUGUACAAGGCAUAUGGAGAACCGUGUUCGAGUGGUAAGGAAUGUAAAUCAGACAAGUGCACAAAUGGAUUCUGUGGCAACUGUUCUUCACACGAGGAUUGUGGUGAAUCUAAGUACUGCAUGGAAUCACCCGGUGAACCAAGUGACUGUAAAGAUAAACUUGAAUAUGGUGAAGAUUGCACAAGCAAUGGUGCAUGUAGCAGUGAAAUAUGUAUCGAUUCCAAAUGUGUUCAAUGCGCUGCUUCAACCGAUUGUCCAGAAGACAAAAUAUGCGACAUUUUAUUAGAACACCAAUGUGUGGAAAAGGUCCGGCCUGCAGGAGAAGUUUGCGAACGUAAUGAGUUAUGUGAAACUGGCAAGUGCGUUGGAAGUGUAUGCGUUGAAUGCACAUCUGACGAUGACUGUUUUGGAGAAUAUUGUGCCAAACCUGAGGAUGGUGAACAGUACAAGUACAGUCAGUGUUCUAUGAAAAAAUCUAUUGGAGAAAUGUGUAAGAGAAAUCAACAAUGCAAUUCGGAGAAGUGUACCAAUGGGUUGUGUGGUGAGUGUUUCAUACACGAGGACUGUGGUAAAACUGAGUAUUGUGCGGAGUCGGAAGUUGAACCGAAUUAUUGUGAAGAUAAAGUUGACCUUGAUGACGAUUGUAAAAAUGAUAUAGAAUGUUCGAGUGAAAUAUGUCUCGAUGGAAAAUGUGUUCAAUGCAGAAACGAUUCGGAUUGUGAUGAAGACAGACAUGAAUUUUGCUUCCAAGGCUUAUAUCAAUGUAGAGAAGCUGGUGAAGAGGCCGAAAGCUGUGAGACAGAUGAGGCGUGCAAAAGUGGCAAGUGUAUUGGAAAUAUAUGUGUAAACUGUGCAACCGACAGUGAUUGUGAAGGAGGAUUUUGUGCAACUCCCGGGGAUGCGGGAGAUUUUACUUAUAAUCAAUGUUCCCUAAAACAAUCUACAAACGAACCAUGUACAAGAAAUCAGGCAUGUAUAAGUGGUAAAUGCCAAUCUGGUAGGUGCGUUGAAUGCAGAAACGACCCGGACUGUUCUUCGGGUGAAUUCUGUGACAUAAGGUGCAUCCCAGCAAGACAAAAUGGAGAAACAUGUACCCGUUAUCAGAUGUGUGCAUCCGGGUUGUGUAUAGGGCACUUCUGCUCUGAGUGUGACGCGGACGACAAAUGCGAUGGGACGUCACUGUUUUGUUUAAGUACCCAGGACAGGGAUAAUGUUCUAUAUAACCGCUGCAGCGAAAAACAAUCCGCCGGAACACGUUGCCGGAGAAAUGAGAUGUGUACAAGUGGUAAAUGCAUCGGCAAUGUUUGCUUUGAUUGCAUUAUUGACGAAGACUGUACAGAGGACCAAUCAUUCUGUGGCGACAGUAUGAAUGGCAAUCCUUUCAAGACAUGUUUUAGUAAGAAAGAUUUCGGGAAGAAUUGCUCCAGAGAUCAGGAAUGCACGUCAGAUAAGUGUGUGGAAAGUUUGUGUGGCAAUUGCAUCAAUGACGAAGAGUGUGAAGACGCCAUGUAUUGCGAAGGAUUUGGUCAACCAGAUGUUGCGAAUGAUUGUAAAGUCAAACAACAGAAUAGAGAAAACUGCACCAGAAAUGCUGAAUGCUCGUCCAACAAGUGUGCGGAAGGUUUGUGUGGCAACUGCUUCAACGAUGAAGAGUGUGGAGACAUGUAUUGCGAUGGGUUUGGCCAACCAGACGUCGUGAAUGAUUGCAAGGAAAAACACCAGAUUGGAGAAAACUGUAUAAGAAAUGCAAUGUGUACCUCAGAGAAGUGCGGCAUACCACCAGGAGAUGACCUUGGUAUAUGCGGGUAUUGUGCGGAAGAUAGAGAUUGCGAAGAGAAAGGCGCAUUUUGUAAAGGAUUAAAGAAACGUAAUGUGGUUAAUGAAUGCGCGAAGAAAAUCAAGAAAGGAAAUGAAUGUGAAAGGAAUGAGCAAUGUUCGGGUAGCUCGUCAGGGAGCGGUGGGUUUUGUGAUACACUUUGUGGAGAUUGCAUAUUGAAUACACAUUGCGAGGGUGAUAACCAUUGCAGGGGAAGCGGGUCCUUCAACGUUACAAACGAAUGUAAACCUGCCCUUAAGAAUAACAAGUUGUGUCAAGAUGAUACUUGGUGCGCCAGUGGACACUGCAUCGGCCAUCUUUGCAAAACGUGCGGCAUAAAUGAACAUUGUGGAGAAAAGAGGGUUUGCACAAGUGAAAACAGGUGUAGAAAGCCUCUCGGCUUGGGUGAACAUUGUUUUAGGAAUGAUCAAUGCAAAUCGGGAUAUUGCAAGAAAGGCAAAUGUAAAAUAAAGAAAACAAAGAAAUCUUGAAAUAAUAAUUUUAUCAACCAUUAUUCCCGUCCUUUAUUAUGUCAACUAUUUCACAUGUAUCCACCGGCUGAACUUGUCAUGAAAUAAUAAUUGAUUCACUUCAAAUAAUGGCAUUUCCAGUAAGCCAUGCAAUCAACUACAUCAAACGAUGGCAGGUUUUAUUGAAAAUGGCUAUUCAUCGACUUUAUGAAACGUAAUAACUUUGUCAUCGAUCGAAUUAUUUUUUGUUCCCUUGUACACCCCAUAUACAACAUAUUUUGGAAAAAAAAUUAUAUCCAUGGAGUUAAUCGGAUUUGAGUUUGAGCGAUUUAGAGUUGAUAUUUGAACAAUGCAAGGAAAUCAACAGCACGAGUACUUAGUAGUUACAUAGAAAACAAUCAUUUGAAAUAAAU